AUGGAUCUGUUUGGAGAUAUAGAUGACAUUUCUUCAGAGAGUGAUGAGGACCAGCGAGCACCUAUUCCAAGACAGCCUGUUACCUGUGCCUGCCAAACGCAGAGUAGUGCAGCUGGAACAUUCGGAGUGCCGCAGAAACAGAAGGUGGAACGCCGUAUCUCUGAAACCAGAGUGAAAAUAAUAGUUCCCAGCAUCAACUCUGACUUGGGAAAUGAAUUGUAUUUUGUUAAACUACCCAGAUUUAUCAAGAUAGAACCCAAACCAUUUGAUCCCCAGCAUUAUGAAGAUGAAUUUGAAGAUGGGGAAGUGCUCUAUGAGGAAGACAAAAUUAGAUUAAAAUUAAAGGUGGAAAAUACUAUACGCUGGAGGAUUUGCCGGGACCAAGAAGGCUCUAAAACUAAAGAAAGCAAUGCUUGGAUAGUCAAGUGGUCAGAUGGAAGCAUGUCCCUGCAUUUAGGCAAAGAAGUGUUUGAUAUCUACAAAGUCCCACUGCAAAACAAUCAAAACCAACUGUUUAUACGGGAAGAUACUGGUCUCCGUGGACAGGCCAUCUUUCAAUCCAGACUUUGCUUUAGACCUCACUUUACAGACAGUGCCACAUACAAAAAGAUGACCCUUUCAUUUGGGAGCAAAAGUUCAAAGACACAGAUUAAAAUCCUGCCGAUGGCUGGCAGUGAUCCUGAGUGGCCACGCCCAGAUUUGAUCAAGAUACAGAAAAAAGAACUGAGGGUAUCUACUCCCCGGAAAGUCCGUCUGCAAAGGAAAAAACAGAGGCAGAAGAACCGGCAGCAUCCAGGUCCAAGUUCCACCGUCCAGAAGCCUGACCAUGAUGUUGAGAAAGAGGAGGAGGUUGAGGGAGAAGACAAGGAAGGCAAGGCCUCCAGCAUGGCUGCUACUGAAAGCUGUCACCAGAGCGCAGCCAAAAAGAAACAAGCCAUGUCUUCUUCAGAUUGCAAUCAGGAGGGACCGGAAAAAGAUAAAGCCAGAGGAUUAUUCAAAGCAAAGAGACUCAGGAGUGACCAAGAAGACAAACCCGCCAGAAGAAGACAAGAAAGAAAGAGGAAGACUGAAAUGUAA